AUGAUUGAAAGUCCUGCAAUAAAAAAGUUUAUUGUUAAUUACUUUAUUGAACACAGCCAAGAGAACAUUGAUGAUAUAGCAGCCAGGAUCGACGGAUGUCUUCGGAAGAGGUUUGUGGAGAACGAGGUGGUGUCUGUUGUAAGGUCUGGGGAGUGGGGAAGGAUUUCUCGAGUGGCUGGAGACAGGUAUGUUGUAAGCAUCCUGUCUCUAGAUGGAGGGCGAGAGGAAAGGCUCCACUUUUCGGAGCUUGCAAGGAAGGACAUGGCGGGGCGGACGGAGGUCAAGGGAUAUCUGCUUGGGAUAACAAUGGAAACUCCUUUUGGACGGGUGCUGAAGGAGAAUGCAUUCCGAAGCAUAAGAGACUCUGGGGAAGUGAUGAAAUGCAAGGUUCCACAGAGCCAGUGCUAUGAAGGGAGUUUUGUGUCUCGGAGGGGUGUUGGGGGGACGGAGAGAAGGAAAUGGAAGACGGAGAAGGAAGGGCAAGGCUCGAGAGAGAAGAACGAGGAAAGGGAGACAGAGGGCAGUAGGGCGAAGCGGGCCUCCGUGCGAAAGGAGGGGACGAAGGAGACGAGUGUGAGUUCGAUCCUCUUGGUGGGGCCUUCGCAGGCUCUGGAGAUCCCGGGGCUUAGGAAGGAAGAUAUCGAGCUAGUGAUGAAGAUCUUUGGAGUGGUAGCAAACUUCGGGGGGUUUUUUGGGAUCCAAGAGAUUGAUGUUUUGUCGCUAGGGAGGGCUAUUGUUGAUCCUUGGUAUGAGGAUGAUACGAUAUGCAAGAUCCAUUUGAAGCUGAUCUCUGGACUUCGGACAGAAAUGGAUUCUGUGGGGAUGGAGGAGUUUGUGGAGAACAGCAAGGCAUGCAUUGAAUGGGCCAAGGAGCAAGGAAGGGAGGAGGAUUUGGCUGGAGAUGGGGGGGAGAUGGAGGAGUGUCUUGAACAGUCUCUGGGCUGUGGGGAAGAGGGCUGGAAGAAAGACCUAAGGAAGCUUAUUGAGAGUAUUUGCGAUGAUGGGGACACAGACAUUUUUGGUAUUGUGAGGAGCAUCUCUGGAAGGAGCAGGGCUCUUGGGAGGGGAGAGAUAAGAAAGAGGCUUGUUGUGAUUGAGCUGCUGAUGAACAUGUUCUUUACAACAGAACAGUUCCGAGAGAUUAUAUGGGAGAAGAUGGAGGAGUCGAAGGAUCUUGAGAAGAAGAAGAGGGAGCUCCAGACAAGGCUUAAGAGGAGUGUGGGAUGGGAUGGAGAGAGCAAGGAGGCAGGAGAAGGCUCUCGAGCCGAGAUGGAGAAGGAGCUUGGGGACACAAGAGAGAAGAUAUUCCAGCUUCCUGUGAAUACUGGGGUUGGAACUGUGGAUGGGGUUGGGCUUCUUCAUCUUGGGAGGAAGAUCUAUGCAGCCUGGGAAGGAGACUACUAUUUGGUGGGGAGAGACAGGCUGGCAGAUCUAUGUAAGAAAUAUAAGGCAAAGAACAAAGAGGAGAGACAUGUGCUGGAAAGCAUAGGACAGAACAUAGAAGGGUUGAAAGGCCAUCUUUGA